AUGGAGGAGGAGAAGAAGAAGGAGAAAAUGGUGGAGGAUGACAAACAACAGUUGAAAUUGGAGAUUACUAUGCCCUUUGGAAAAGCUCUUCAACAAAUGUCGUUGUACUCUAAGUUUUUAAAAGAUAUGCUCACAUGGAAGAAUAAGUACAUUCACAGUGAAAACAUCAUUGUGGAAGGAAACUGCAGUGCUGUAAUUCAAUGCAUCCUUCCACCAAAACAUAAGGAUCCAGGUAGUGUCAUUAUUCCUUGUUCUAUGGGUGAAGUUCCUGUUGGCAAGGCUCUUAUUGACUUGGGGGCCAGUAUUAAUUUGAUGUCGCUGUCCAUGUGCCGGAGAAUUGGAGAGUUGGAGAUAUUGCCUACUUGGAUGACUUUGCAGAUAGCAGAUCGCUCCAUCACUAGACCCUAUGGAGUGAUAGAGGAUGUUCUGGUUCGGGUCAAACAUAUUACUUUCCCUUCAGAUUUUGUGGUUAUGGAUAUAGAGGAGGAUCUUGAAAUUCCCAUAAUUUUGGGACACCCUUUCAUGUCCACCGCCAGUUGUGUAGUAGAUAUGGGGAAAGGUAAGUUAGAACUGAGUGUGAAUGAUCAAAAAAUUUCAUUUGACUUAUUCGAAGCAGUGAAGCACUCAAGUGAUUAG